GAGGCAUUUAAGUUACGUACGUUUCUUUUCUAAACAAUCAUACUUUGAAGCUUCCAAAGGAUAUCUUUCAACUUCAAUCGACGACUAAUAGGUCAGACAUAAAAGGACAAGCGUUGCUUUUUACCCCUGUACAUUUGUUAGACUUCUGGCAUCUCAGAAACACCUCAUCAAGUUUGUAUUCGGCAAAGCAUAUUGAUACAUUUCAAUUAUUUGUUUUUCUUUUUGAUUUGUUUACUGAAACCAUCAAGACUAUUUAUUAACGAGGAGUUUGAAUAUUUUUUUAAACUCUUAUUGUUGUCAUUCGUUCUUAAUCUAAUAAGUCUUUUAAAAUGGAAUAUAAUCACGCUCCCCAAGCAGCUUUCCGGUCAUUUCUGACCAGUUCUAUACUGUCACUGCAUUCAUCCAACCCAUCCACAGCUAGUAUCACCAGAGUUUCGUCUGGUCCACUUCAGGCUAUGAAUUUAUCCAUGAAUAGACAGAGCAGUGCACAAGAACAUUUAUAUUACCAAUGUACUUCAUUGAAACGUAAAUUGUCGAAAAUUCCAGAAAUGGCCCCGUUUUUAGCACUGGCAUUCAAUCUGGCAGAAUUAUGUGCUGAACAACAAGCAUUGGCAUUAUCUCAACAAUUACAAAAUGAAGGAAUUGGUGGCGGAAGUAUUGGGAAUAGUUCUGGAAAUGGGAAAUCAAAUGGUAUAAGUAAUAAUUCAAAUAUAAAUAAUGGGCAUAAUGGAUCAAACAAUUCGAAUAAUUCAAAUGGUGAUGGAAGUGCUUCGGAUGCUCGUGCCUCCGUGGGAUCCAAUGGGUUUUCUAUUCAUUCAGAUACCUCAACUACUUCACAAGCAACUUCAACAAACAUGUAUUCCCCAUCAUUUAACAGUAACAGCAUAUUCACAUUUACUGCCGGUGUUCUUCCUGCUACUCUUAGUGCUGAUCCAGUGACUCAAAUCUGGAAACUUUUCCAACAAGGUUCACCACUUUGUCUUUUAUUUAACACAGUAUAUCCACAAAGAGAAUGUCAUUUACCAGUUAUUCCAAGUGAAGAUUUAAGAAUAUGUAAGAAAUCUGUUUAUGAUUUUUUAAUUGCAGUUAAAACAUAUUUAAAAUUUGAUGAUGAAAAUAUGUUUACCAUUCUGAAUGUUUUCCUGGAUAGUACACAUGAUUUAAUUAAAAUUGUGAAAGUUAUAAAUCGAGUAGUUGAUGAAGCAGACUCUGAAGAAGAUACGAGCAUCGGAGAAAUCAUAAUUACAGAUGAUAGAUCAAAAGUCUUAAAAGAAAUGAUUGAAACUGAAAGAAAAUAUGUUCAAGAUCUUGAAAUCUUAUUACAAUAUAAAGAUGAAUUAUCCAAUGCAGAAUUGAUUUCAAAUGAACAAAUCCAUAUUUUAUUCCCAAACUUAAAUGAAAUUGUUGAUUUCCAAAGAAGAUUUCUUAUUGGACUUGAAUGUAAUAAUAAUGUCCCAAAUAAGUAUCAAAGAAUUGGGUCUAUAUUCAUCCAUGCAGCAAAGGGAUCUUUCAAAGCUUAUGAACCAUGGACCAUUGGUCAAUUAUCAGCCAUAGAUCUUAUCAACAAAGAACUGUCAAAUUUGAAAAAAUCAUCGACAUUAUUAGAUCCUGGAUUCGAAUUACAAUCCUACAUCAUUAAACCAAUUCAAAGAUUAUGUAAAUAUCCACUUUUAUUGAAAGAGUUAAUCAAAUUAUCAAGUGAGAUUGAAAAUAAUGCAUCAUAUAAUGAAUUACAAAUGGCUCAAAGUGCAAUGAAAGAAGUUGCAAACCAAGUAAAUGAAGCACAAAGAAGAGCUGAAAACGUUGGUUAUUUACAAAGUUUAUUGGAAAGAGUUAACAAUUGGAGAGGUUUCAAUCUUAAAGAUCAAGGAGAAUUACUUCAUCAUGGAAUUGUUAGUGUUAAAGAUUCUGAUGUCGAAAAGGAAUAUGUUGCAUAUUUAUUUGAAAAAAUUAUCUUUUUCUUUGUUGAAAUAAAUCAAGAAAAGAGUAAAGAAAGUAAAAAGAAAAACAUUUUGAAAACUCGUCAAAAAUCAAAUUCAAAUGUUUCAAACUCCACAGCAAAUUUACUUGAAUCAAUGAAUUCAGCCAAGGAAAAGGCACCUCUUGAAUUAAAGGGAAGAGUUUACAUUCUGGAGAUUUAUAAUAUUUCAUGUUUGAAUCAAUCUGGUUAUACUCUUGUCAUUUCUUGGUCUGGGAAGAAGGAAAGUGGAUCUUUCUCUUUAAGAUAUAGAACUGAAGAAAAUAGAAAUCAAUGGGAAACAUGUCUUCGAAACUUGAAGGCAAUUGAAAUGAAUAAUCAAAUUCAUAGAAAACUUCGUGAUUCCCAUGGAUCCAAUUAUGGUGAAUAUGAUAAUAAUACCAUCACAUCCGGUGCUACAGGGACUACUGUCACAAACAGUACUAUUCAAGAACAUAAACCAGCGAUAACUGAAGUUGACCAACGCCAUCAUUCUUCUUCAUCCACCUUUAGCAUGAUGAGAUUUGCAAAAUCUGGUGGAAAAGAUUCUUCAAGACAAUCUUCUUCAGGAACUAUGUCUGAUAAAUUUUCAUCUUUAAACAUUAAUGAUUCGUCAUUUUCCUCUACAGCAUCAAGUAAUUCAACCAAUUCCAAUUAUAUAUUGAUCAAAUUGAUAUUUAAUCACAAUGAAGUCAGUGAACUUAUUGUGCCAUCAAAUACUCAAUUCCUUGAAUUACGUCUGAAAAUCUCGAUCAAAAUUAGUUCACAAACGAGUGACGAUGUUAUGAUCAAUAAAUUAAAGUAUAAGGAUGAAGAUGGGGAUUUUGUGGUUAUGGAUUCUAAUGAUGAUUGGGUUUUAGCUGUCGAUAUGCUCGAUGAAUUAAAUGUAGGAGAGGAAAGAGCGCUUACUAUUUGGGUUUCAUAAGCCUGGUGCAUAUAAAACCAUAUUGAGUAC